AUGAGCCGAAUCCGAGCAUUUUCAUCUCCUUCAGUAUUGCCACCAUCUUCUUCCACAGGUCAGAUAGAAAUCCGGCCAGAAGAUCAUAAUUUAGAAGGCAUUGCUGCCAAUGUUAAGUUGCUAUUGAAGCUAAUCCAAGACCAGAAUGAGGCGAAAGACAAUGAUGCAAGAAAGACACAAAGAGUGGCUGGAAUGAUAUCAAUAAUUGAUGAUGUGAAAACCCGGAUUCAGAAAUCUCAAAAUGUGGGGAGAAGAGCCGAGCUGAGACGCUGCAAUACAGAUCUCAGGCCAAAUGCUCCUCCAAAGGACAAAAGGUCUCAUGAGCCAAUAACCGACGAGAAGGAGAAAUUGAGAAGAUCACUAAGUGCAAGCUUGGCAGCAAGAAAGAGCCUAGAAAUUAUGUGUUCAAGUUUGGGAAAAGAGAAGGAGAUUAUUGCAAAGGAGCUUGCAAGGAAGGUUCAGGAAUUUCAAGGGAUGGAGGAACAUAUCAAUGAUCUUAGAGCACAAAAUGAGAAGUUGUUGGCAAAAGUGAAAGUUUGUGCUGCAGAGCACAAAGAGAAUAAGUAUGGUAAUGGGGAAGUGGGUGCUACACAUGAGAAUGCAGCAUUGCAGGAGCGGAACAAGGAACUUUCGGAGCAACUCCUUAAGUCCCUUGAUGGGUGUAGAUCCCUAAAGAGGAAGAUUAAAGUUGCACAGAAGGAAAAUGAUGCGAUGCACUUGGCCAUGGAGGAGGUUGGAAUGGAUGUUCAAGACAGACUUGACCGACUACGCUGCAUGAAGGAAGGGAUUUUAGAAGGGAAUGCAGAUAUUGAAGAGGAAUUUUCGGCAUUGGAGCAUCUGUUUGAGUCAUGCUACCAGAAGAUCUCAGAACAUGAGCGGAAGAAAAUUGAGAAAAACAAGGCCGAGGUGAAUGCUACCUAA